AACGGCCCAUGCUAGGACAAAAAGUGAGGCUGCAGAACAGGCCUCCAUCUCUGCCAUACAUGAGUCAGAUAUGGCCAGAGCCGUUGCCAGGGAGCUCUCCCCCAACUUUUACCAACCAGGACCCGACUACAUUAGACAACAGCUGAAAGAGCCGGUGGAAAUUAAAGAGGUUCCUGUUGAAAAGAAAGACAACUCCCCACAUGAUUCUCCCCACUUUUACCGUAAAGGCACCACUCCACCCCACUCCCCCGUGGCCAGCCCCGCAGCUACACCUCCUCCGUCACCCGAGACUAGCAAGAAGAUAAGCCAGAUUGGCAACAGCAUCAGCCACAAAGCCGUCAAAGAAGAAAAAUUGUCCCGUAAAAUAAGCAAGGAAGAGAAGUCAAGUUUUAAGCCCAGCAAGGAAGAGCGUUCUAGCAGGAAGAUUAGUAAAGAAGAGAGGGUGACUGUCACUGAUGGGCCCAAGAGUUCCCAAGCGCACGUCGAGGCUCCGCCUAAACCCUCUAAAAUUCACCAGCCUACCACAGCAACUGCAUCUCCUUCACAGCCUCCGACAGUUCCAGUCAACGGCCAGCUCCACUCCGAGUACCACAGUUAUUACGUCAAAGCCCCUGCGAGGGGUCCUCCACCUCCAGAACCUGAGGAAGCCGAAGAGCCCAGUGCCCUGGCUCUGGCACGUUUACCUCCGCAACCUAGGUCCUUCAGCACCCCCACCCCUACUCCUAAACCACCCUCUCUUCGGGACAGCAAGAGUGAGCCAAAACUCAGGAAGCAAGAUUCCCUAAAGCCAAAGAGCCUUGCAGACACAAAGAAAGCGAGCAUGGAGAUUGCCGAAAGCGCAGAAGAAGCAGGUCCUAACUCCAUCCUUGUUGCUAUGGUUAUGCUGUUGAAUAUUGGCCUUGCAAUUAUAUUUGUCCACUUUCUGACAUGAUGAUGCUGUUUCUUUGUGAAACCAUGGCAACUGGCACAGUUGCAUUGCCGGCCUUGGAAAGUGAAAAUGGCGCCAGUGAGAGAUGGGGGCGGCCGGAGGUGUUUAGGAACCAGCAUGACACCGAGGAGAAUCAGGAGGAAGGCUUCACUACAACCUGUUUCUGGCCUUCUCGAGGGCCAGCCCUGUCAAUUAGCACUCCUUUUGGCUUCUGUAUGCGCAGGAGUAAAAUGUCAUGUCUAGUGAAAUUUAAAAAAGAAAAAAAAAAAGAAAAAAAUUAAAUGCAACCAAACAUACGACAAAAGAAGUGAUUGAAACCUACAUGUGUGCUGACCCAAGCUCAGGUCUCUGUAGCCCACCUCCGCUGCAGUGGGCUGACGGAGCCUGCUGGAGGAGGGUGGAGAUGCAACUUUUAGACGACGGGAGCAAACAGCUGCCUUUUCUAUUUUGCCAUCUGACGUUUUGAUGGGGAGAUGUGAGCCCGGCCCGUGGGCCAGGGACUGCGGAGGGGGGCGGGGGUGGGGGCUCAGGUGUUUGGAGGGUUUUUCUGAGGUUCCAGCCAGUCUUUGCGAGAGCAAAACGGUGCGCGGCCGUUGCCAGCAGUCAGUGCUUGCACGGUCACUAGCCAGUCUUACUCUGUAAACCCAAACAUCCCUGCAGCUCUCUCCAGCUCCGUCCAUUGUAAUCCAGGAUACACUGCUUUGAAACACUCCCCGUGCAUGGUACAGUUUUAACAUUUUUUCUUUUUGUUUGUUGUUUUCACGUAGCUUUUUGUUCAUCGUUGUUAUGAAUGUUGAUUACCUGCAUUCUUGUGGAGAUCUCUUCAUAAAAUGGGUAAAUAAAUUUGUUUUCCCUUUUUAUUUGAAUUUUACUAAUUUCUAACAAAUGAGCUGUAAUUUGACAUUACACACAAUGUUACUGAAAGUGCAAUACUUUUUUUUUCUUUUUUUUCGUCAAAAGCUUAUAAUAUAUUUUGCCAGAGAUGGUGUUCUGCUAUUCUAAAGAAAAAUGCUAUUUUUUUUGUUUUGUUCUCUCUUCGUCAGACACACGUUAUUUGAAUAUUUGAGACAAAGCGUUGGCUGACGACAGAAAUUGUGGUGAGGAACUUGAUUUAUUUUUGAAAAAAAAGAAGAAAUAAUAUAGCUCUGUGAGAGUGAAGUAACAAAUGUCUUAUUUUAUUUAUGAAAUGAAAAGAAAAGAUAUUUUAUUGUACAUGCCUAGACCCUUUCGCUUUAUUUGUCGGUCCAGUUAUUUGCUUUCACAACAACACUAAGAUGCAAAACUGCAGCUGUGAGCUGCUUGAGUAGGCCCAGAAGUGCUUGCAUGUGUAUAGACUGAUAGUGGUGGACAGUGGAGGUUUGUUCAGGUUGAGACCAUGUGGAAUGGGGCUCCAGGGAGAAGAUUUGCCUUYUAGAAGUCUUUAACAGUGCCACUGUUUACCUCAAAGAGAUGAGGAUGGAAGAGAAGGGGGGGAGAUGCUAUGUUUGUCUUAACUCUGUUGCAGGAAGGGGGAGGGAAGGGGGGUAUUAAAUAUGUCAUCAUCUGAAUCUCACCAUUUUAAUUAGCUUCACCCCAGCUUCUUGUAGUCUUUCUUGCAGGUACGGCAUGAAUUUCUUUGAUUUCCAAAGUGGUUAUUUAUAUGGUGGGCAUUUACUGUCGCCUCUACCAAGAAUAAUUCUGUAUUCAUUGUUCAACUGAUGUGCUUGUGAACAUUGGUCAUCAUGAAAAAGGGCUUAAAUCUAUAUCUAGGUUUUAUUCGCUGCAGUUCUGUUUUUUAUUUUAUUUUAUUUUAUUUUUUUGGAGAUUAGCUUGACUGUAUUGUCAGUAUCUAAAAUGAGCAGCGCAUUAGAGGAUUCUUCGUCCAGUUUGAUUUAUUUCAGUUCAGUUUAUUUAUUUAGUACCGGUUCACAGUAAAGGUCAUCUCAGGGCACUAUACAAAGCCAACAAACCCAAAUCAGACCCAAAUUCAAAUGCUGUCACAGUCGGUUCAGUCCAAUUAUAUUGCAAUAUAGUCACAAUGAAAAAGGCUGAUUCGUAAAAAAAAAAAUUGUCUAAAGAAGCCAGCAUAUUGUGUUGAAUUCUCACUUUGUCCCUUCCCUGGUCAGGCACGGAGGUGACAGUGGAACGGAAUGAUUCCUUUAGAACAGGAAGAAACCUCCAGCAGCUCCAGGCUCAUAACGGGUGGUGUUUUGUCUUGACCAAUCGAGAGUUGAGUGGAAAGGAAUCGUGGGGUUAGACCUAGUUUCUGAGACAUAAAACAAAGAACACACGGUAAAUGACAACGAUAAWUACAAUCAUGGACAGUCUGGAGCAUAAAGACAAUUGUGUGAAGAAAUGUGGUCAGUUUGUCUCAGAAGUCUAUGCCUAAAUCAGCAAAAAGUAUAGUUCAGGAUAACCCGAGCCAACCUCAAUUAUAGGAUUUAUUUUAAAAUAUAUAUAUUUUAAAUUAUAUUUAAUUUUACAGAAAGCCAGAAUUGGAGAAAUAAGAUGUCUCCUUGUGUGGCAACAUUUUGAACCACUUUUAGAGAUUGUUUUUUCCUCUUUGGCAUCUUGACAUAAAAAAUAAAUAGGCCAUCUUAGAGGUGAUAAAUGCAUGGAUCAGUUUUUCUGAGUAAUUUUGGAACAAGAUGUUUCUCAUUUAGUAAUACUGUGCAAGUAAGAGAAAGGGGCCCUGGUAACAUUUUUAAUGGGAAAGUUAAAUGAUAUAAAUGAUACUCUGUUGUAAACAUGACAAUAUGUCUGCCUUGUCUGAAUUUAUUAUCAGAACAUUGAGUCAUUGAGGUUUUUAUGUCUCUWAGACAUGUUUGAUGUCUGAGUAACUGGAUUUAUCAGGAUUGACAGAUAAAAAUUACCAAGUAUCAUUAGCGUAACAAUGAAAACUUGUCAAAUGUCAAAUAAUUUUAUCUGGAAGCAUAUAUAAAGUAAAAAAAAAUACUGCUCCGAGCACUGAACUCUGAGGAACUCCGUGACUACGGUAAUUCUGUUGUAAGAAGAUUAAUUAAAUAAAUACUGAAAUCUAACAUUAAAACGUUCUGUGGGCCGUUCCUGUGAUCCCAGCAUCAUGUCCAAUUUGUAAYAGAAUAUUGUGAUCAACUGUAUCAAAUGCAGCACUGAGAUCUAACAGGACARGUAUGGACAUGAGUCCACUGUCUGAGGCAUGAAUACCAUUAGUAACUUUCACCAGUGCUGUUUUUGUGCUUUGAUGAGCUCUAAACCCUGACUGAAACUCUUCAAACAGAUUAUUCUUGUCCAGAUGUUCACAUAUGAUUCACAACUAUUUUCUCAAAGAGUUUUUGAAAAGAAGGGAAGAUUUGAUAUAGUUCUAUAAUUAGUUGAAGAUCCCRAAGAGAGAUCAAGUUUCCUAAACAAGUGGUAAAUUACAGUACAACCAUCCUAAAAUCCCUGUGGUAGAUAUCCAUCCACUGAAACCCAUCUUUAAACAGUCUGGUUGGGAGGAGAUCUAGCAGAUAUGUUGAUGGUUUGGAUGAAGCUGUUAUUUUUGAUAACAAGAGCUCCACAUCAGGUUCUAGUGACACUUCUAAAGCUGCUUCAUUUGAUAAUAAACCAGUGGCAAUAGCAGAGGGGAUGGUGUGAAUUGUCUCUCUGUAACAAUUUUGUUUGAUGUUCGCAAACUGUUCCGCUGAACUACUGGAAAACUUACUACUGAUAUUUACUGAAAAUAUUGUGAAGACAAAAAGGUGUAACAGAGCAGCCUGUUUGUGGGAUAUUUUUGAAAUACAACAUUGCAUGUUGGGAGACAUUUAUAUAUAGAUUAUUAUUAUUAUAUACUAUUUGUAAGGAUUUUUACAGAGCACAAUCCAGAAUCUGGUAUGAGUUGGUAUUUUUCUAACAAUUUGCACACCUGUAUUUUGACAAUGAAGAUAACUUUGUUUGUAAUUGGUAAUGUAAUACACAUAUGAUCAUGUUUGACAGUGAAACAAAAAAGAUAGUUAUUUUCAGUAGGUCAUAUUGUUCGUACCAUUUGGGGAUGUGAAAGGCAGAUGUACUCGUUUGAAGAUUUAAGGAAACAACAAGGAAUUCUGGGAGACUUUUGAUAUGUUACGGUACAUGAUACCCCACUGAUUUGUGCAAAGUCUUUGGAGAUGAAGUUAUGUGUAUAAAAUAAAGAUAUUAUGCCUUGUUAAACAAAA